GCGCUCCAUUAGGUAAGUUUCUCCUUUCUAGUGUGAGUUUGUGCUGCGUGGUCCACCAUACCCCACCCUCAGCGUCUUGGGAGUCACGCGCUCCAGUAGAUUGUCCUCUGAAGACUCAUGUUGCCUGAGGAGGAAGCCCGGAAGAGGAGGGAGAGGAAAGAAAAGGAGCCAGGAAUGGCUGUUUCUCAGGAACAGUUGACAUUCAAGGAUAUUGACAUAGAAUUCUCUCAGGAGGAGUGGGAAUGCCUGGAACCCGCUCAGCAAGCCUUGUACAGGGACGUGAUGUUGGAGACCUACAGGAACCUGCUCUCCCUAGACAUCUCUCCUACACACGUGAUCAAGAAAUUACAACUAAAAGUAAACACUGGUAGAGGAGAAGUAUUACAAAAAGUGAUGUUGGGAAGACAUGAAAGGAAUAAAGUGAAACGUUUUAACCUCAGGGGAAUCCAGGAAAAUAUAUCUGACUUUGAGCCUCAGCAGAGAGAUGAGGAACAGUUGACAUUCAAGGAUAUUGACAUAGAAUUCUCUCAGGAGGAGUGGGAAUGCCUGGAACCCGCUCAGCAAGCCUUGUACAGGGACGUGAUGUUGGAGACCUACAGGAACCUGCUCUCCCUAGACAUCUCUCCUACACACGUGAUCAAGAAAUUACAACUAAAAGUAAACACUGGUAGAGGAGAAGUAUUACAAAAAGUGAUGUUGGGAAGACAUGAAAGGAAUAAAGUGAAACGUUUUAACCUUAGGGGAAUCCAGGAAAAUAUAUCUGACUUUGAGCCUCAGCAGAGAGAUGAGGUAAGAAAUUACAAAGGAACUCCUAUGUCCCAUAAUGAAAAUCCUACUGAUAAGAGAGAUGGACUUGGUAGGAGUGUUGGAGGAAUUAAGCCUAGUGAAAAUAGGCUUGCAUCAAGCUUUCGGGAUGAAUUGCAUAUAUUUAAAAGUGAACAAAAAAUUGGUGAAUUUAAUCAAGCUGACAAGAAUAUCAACAGUAGUGCCUCAUUUUCACCACCUCAGACAGUUACUCCUGUUGUCCAGACAAGCAUUUCUGAUACAAAUGGGAACGAUUUUGUGCAUCCUUCAGUACUGACACAAGACCAGAGGGCACACAGGGAACAACCUUACAAAUGUGAUGAGUCUGGCAAAACCUUUCAUCAGGUCUCAAACCGCACUCGACAUCAGAUCAUCCAUACAGAAGAAAAAUUACAUAAUUGUGAUGUAUGUGGCAAAGUUUUUAGUCAAAAUUCAGACCUUGCAGUUCAUCAGAGAACUCAUACUGGAGAGAAAUCUUACAAACAUAACGUGUGUGGCAAAACCCUUGAUCAUGGCUCACACAUCACUGGACAUCAGGUAAUCCAUACAGAAGAGAAUUUUUAUAAAUGUGACAUGUGUGAAAAAAUCUUUAGUCACAAAUCAAACCUUGCAGUUCAUCAGAGAAUUCAUACUGCAGAAAAACCUUACAAAUGUAAUGUGUGUGAUAAAGUGUUUAAUCACAACUCGAAUCGUAGAAGACAUCAGUUAAUCCAUACAGGAGCAAAACCAUAUAAAUGUGAUGUAUGUGGCAGAGUCUUUAAUCGAAGUUCAAUCCUUGCACAUCAUCAGAGAAUUCAUACUGGAGAGAAACCUUACAAAUGUAACGAGUGUGGGAAGGUCUUUAGUCGAAAAGGAACCCUUGCAAGUCAUCAGAGAAUUCAUACUGGAGAGAAACCUUACAAAUGUAAUGAGUGUGGUAAAACCUUUUAUCACAGCUCAAUCCUCGCUCGACAUCAGAUAAUCCAUAAAGGAGUGAGAAUAUAUAAAUGUGAUGUAUGUGGCAAAGUUUAUAGUCGAAAUUCAAAUCUUGCAGUUCAUCAGAGAACUCAUACUGGAGAGAAGCCUUACAAAUGUAAUGAGUGUGGCCAGGUCUUUAGUCAGAAAGCAGCGCUUGCAUGUCAUCAGGCAAUUCAUAGUGGAGAGGAUCCUUACAAAUGUAAUGUGUGUGGCAAAAUCUUCCGUAAGAGGGCGUACCUCAGGAGUCAUCAGGUAAUUCAUAAAGCAGGAAAAUUAUAUAAAUGUGAUGUGUGUGGCAGAGCCUUUAGUGUACGUUCAUACCUUGCAAAACAUCGUAGAAUUCAUUCUGGAGAGAAACCUUACAAAUGUAAUGACUGUGGUAAGGUCUUUAUUAAAAAAGCAAUCCUUGCAAUUCAUCAGAAAAUUCAUACUGGAGAGGAACCUUACAAAUGUGGUGAGUGUGGCAAAGUCUGUAGUCUAAAAGCAUCCCUUGCAAAGCAUCAGGUAAUUCAUACUCAAGAGAGAUGUCACAUAUGUAAUGAGUGUGGCAAAACCUUUCAUCAGAGCUCAACCCUCACUCGACAUCAGAUAAUGCAUAGAGUAGAGAAAUUAUAUAAGUGUGAUGUAUGUGGCAGAAUGUUUAGUCAAAAUUCAUAUCUUGAAAGACAUCAGAGGAUUCAUACUGGAGAGAAACCUUACAAAUGUAAUGAGUGUGGCAAGGCAUUUAGUCAAAAUCCAACCUUUGCAAAGCAUCAGAGAAUACAUACUGGAAAAAAAACCUUAUAAAUGUAAUUAGUGUGGUAAGGUCUUUAUUCAGAAUUCACUGCUUGCAUCUCAUUGUAGAAUACAUGCUGUAGAGAAACCUUUCAGAAAUAUUGAGUGCUGAAAAGGCUUUACUCAGAUUUCAACCCUCACUACACGUUAGGUAAUAAAUACAGAGGGGAAACCAUAUUAAUGUAAUAUAGGUGGGAAGGACUUCCUUGAAAAUUGACACUUUAAGUUCAUGGGAGAUUCACAGUGGUAGAAAUCAUGCAGAUGUCUUCAGUGUGGCAAAGCCUUACCUAUGAUUGGAUAAUCCAUGCUAGACAGAAACCAUAGAAAUGUAAUGAAUGUCUCAAAGUCUUUAGUCAGAAUUCAUACCUUAAUAUCCACCGAAGAAUUUAUACUGGAGAGAAAUCUUUCAAAUAUAAUGUGUGGCAUAUCCUUCAGUUUACUUUCAGUCCUACCUUACCAUCAGGUAAUCCAUACUGGUGAGAGACUUUAAGUGAGGGUUUUAGCAGGUGUGCACAUGUUACGCUUCAUUGGAAAAAUCACGCUGGAAAGAAUCAGAUAAACGUAUUUAGUAUGACCAGGCCUUUGGAGAAGAAAUUCAUUCACCAAAGAAUUCAUUCUGGAGACUACCUCACAAAUGCCAUGAAUGGGCAAAACCUUUACUCAGGGCUCACGUCUCACCAAUCAUCAGAUAAUCCAUACUGGACAGGACAUUCCAGAUGUACUGAAUGUGGCAAAGCUUUUGUGUUGUGCCUUAAACUGAGGGUUCACCACAUACUUCAUACUGGAACAUUCAGUGAGUAUUGCAAGGUUUCAGAUUAUUGCUCAUUCAUCACUAGAUAUCAAAAUACUUAUCCUGGAAGGAAACCACACAAAUGUAAUGUGUGUGGCAAGAAAUGUUGUAAAGGUUUUCAUCAAGUAUCAACACCUUUGGUGUAAUGAUAUGGAAAGUUUUUGAGCCCUUCUGACAACAGACUGUAUCAGAGAAUCCAUACUAGAAACAAAUGUCUUUAGUUCUUUGAGAGUAAUCUGAGAUAUUGCAUACAAGAGAAUAAUUACAAGUCACGUAUGGUAAAACGUAUGACAUGAUGUGUAUGACAGGAAGCAGGACGUGUGUGGAAAUGGCCUGUUAUCUUCAGUGUAUAAAUAUUUGUCUUUUCUUGAAAAGGCUAUGUUGCUCUUAAUGCCUUUCAACCCGAAGUUUGAAGUGUGUUCAUUUUAUGCCUUAACUACAGGACUUUCAGAAUGGUCUCUGGGAAAGAGUCAAUAAGAUGAGGGGGCUGACUUCAUUAACUGUAGUUCAUCCACAUCCAUGUCCCCUGGUAAAAGUGGGACCCUUUAUUAUCAAAUUCAGUAGCGUGUGAAUUAGCAUUAGUUGGGGGGUGGCAGUGAGUAGUGUAAAACUGUGACAUGACUAAUCAUGCUUACUAUGUUCAGGCCCUUCUGUAGAUAGGCCAUUACAGGUUACAGCACAGAAUGGUCUACCAACUGGCCGUGAACAGAGCAGAAGGGACAUUAAGGAACUGGGCUUUUCCCGGGAGGAGAGUGACAGGUUCCUAGGGGCUGAUUAUGUGGUAGAAACAGUACAAAGGAAAAGCUGAUCACUUUUUGCAGUGAAUGGGAAUAGCUGUUGUAUAUAUGUGUGUUUAAUGAAAAAUUAGUUUUUUUCUUGGAACUUGAAAGAGAGCAGUUAGUGUGAGAAAAACAGUAUGUGCAUGUGUAUGAUUCACAUUUGACUUGCCAUUACAUUUUGCUUUGGUUUAAUUCUGAAUCAAUUAAAAUAGGUGUUCUUUAAUUAAUAAAAUCAAUCGUUUUUCAUAACCCUGGAUGAAUCAUGUUUCUUCCACCAACACAGUUUUAUUCCACCUUAAUACUUUAUAACAGAAGCUAGCAUUGCAUCAUUAGGCUCUCAGGGUUGAAAGAAUCUGUAAAAAUUUCUUUCCCUGAUGGAAUCAAACAACAUACAAUUUAUGGAUUAUAUAUUCAUAAUUUGUAUCUGAUUUAUUCUCUGCAAACUCUGCUCCAGAAUAUUUAUGCGGCUAUAGUGAAAAUACCGUAGGAGUGCAUUUCAGACUCUGCCUUCUAUUAAAGAACAAAAAUUGAACGAAGUAAAUUUAAAGAACUAACUGGCUUUCAUGAGUGAUUUGUGAAUCAGUGUGCAUCCCAUCUAGUAUCAAUAAAUAAAGAGGGGCUCAAAGCAGCUGUACAAAAUGCAAAUCAUUUGUAAAUAGAAACCAGGCAGGAUAAGAAAGAUAUUUCCAAAAGAAAAAAGUUUUUUUGGCAAGGUUACGUUUUGCUGGGGGAGGGAUUGCAAAGGUCUUUUCCUGUAGGUUACAUCUGUAGUGUUGUUCAGGGAAUUACAGAGUGAUUGAUUUAAGGUCACAUUCCUGGAAGGGGUGAAACUGCAAGUAAGUCUUGGUUUGCUGUCCUGGGGGCAGGCGACUCCACAUUGGGGCUGUGCUUUUUGAACAUUCCUUAAAACCUGCUCCACAUCCAUGAGUAUGCAUUACGUGAACGUAGUGCUUCAUAUUCUUUAUUGUGUCCAAGGUAAACCGAAGGCAUGCACCUUGAUUUACAUGACGGGAAAAUAACAAAUAUAGUACGCAUAUGCAAAAUAUUAGAAAACUUAAAAAUCAUAAAUCUCUCUUUUGUGCUUGAAUCACUCAGUGAAAUAAUUUGAAAAUAUUGAUGUUCAUGCGUUUUCUCUUAAAAAUGAACAAUGUACAAUGGGAAUAUUUUUGUUUGAUAGAUAAACUUGAAAUUUCAUACAUUCACUCCCCAAAUAUUUUUUGUUGUUGCUAAUUGUAAUUGUAGCCAUUCAGUGGAAAAAGGUGGGACCCCACUAAAGGUCAUUUAGAUUGAUAUUAACGUUGAAGUGUUAUGAGAAUGUGUGUUACAUUAUUCAGGUUUCUAGGGGGACAGGGGAGACUUCUAAGUUGUUCAAAAAAUGAUUUGAGACAACAGGGAGUGGUCACUGGCUUGGUUUGUUAACGUGAUCACUAUUUGAGGCUUGUUGGAGGAUAUGCAUAUGGUUUGAACUACCAGUUUGCAUCACAGGAGGGAUCCAUCAGGCUUCCUCAUCAGCUUGCCCAGAGAAGCAGAAUAGGAAGAGGUUGUGAGACUUAGAAGGUGUCAGUCAGUAAUCAAGCAUCAAAAACUGGAGUCAGACGCUUUAAUAAAACACUGAAUGUUUACUCCUGAAACUCCUGAUUUCUUGGUUAGCAUACACCAUAGUUUUCUUUUCCUUUUUAAGAAAAAAGUAUUUAUUUGGCUGCGUUGGUCUUAGUUGCGGAGCGCGGGUUCUUCGUAGCUGCAUGCAGGCUCCAGAGCCCGCAGGCUUAUUUGCCCCACGGCAUGUGGGAUAUUAGUUACCCAACCAGGGAUCGAACUCACAUCCCCUGCAUUGGAAGAUGGAUUCUUAACCACUGGACCACCAGGAAAGUUCACCAUACUUUUCUUCAUGCUAAUAAUUCAUUACAGUUUUCCCCCUGCAGCAGACAUACGUUCCAUUGUUCA